AUGGGUGAAUGGCUUCUCUCGAGUGCUCCCCCAAAGACAACUCUUCAGAUUCUAUCCCACAUUGAUGAAGAAUGCGAAAGAGCAACUGUUUCAGAUGCGAUUGAGAUCCACCGAGGUCCGUUCGGGGCGUUUAGAUUGAACCAAGAUCAAGAUAAAUUGCCUCAGAAAACUGCUGUGAACGACUAUGAAGGGACGCAGUCCAGUUCCCCAGAAGAUGUGAUCCCACAGUGCAACAUUUAUCCAGUCUCCUGCGACAUUCUUCUGUCACCUUGGUCUCAAGCCUUAAUGCACUUGACUUUUGAUCAACCAGAGAAUGUUUCCAAUCCACCUUCCCCGGAAUUGUUACACACUAUAAUAGAUGAAAAUCGUGCGGAAGGCGAUUCGGUACCCCCUGAAUACUUGCCUACAUCAUGCUUCCCAGAUGACUUUUACGAUAAUCCCGUAUCACCCACCUCUUUCACUUCCUCUAUGAGAACCACAAAAGCCGUGCCCCAGGACGCCGUGUUUCUUCUCAAGCACUAUGCUUCGGCUGUAAUUAGUCUGAUGACACCCCUUCGACACUCCAAAACUCCCUGGCAUGUCCUCUUCAUACCUCACACCAAGAGCUGCCUCGCUGGCUUGACUCUAGGCGAUGAUUUGAGUGAUGCCAGCCUCUGUGCAUUCUAUGGGACAUUAGCCAUAAGUGCAUUCAGCCUUGGCGGAGUCUCCCGAUCCCAAACUUGGAGCGAGAAAGCCAUCGUUUAUAAGGAGAAAGCACAGCAACAUGCAAGAUUGAUGCUCCUGACCGCCUACCAUGUCCCGAAAGUAGCCAAAUACAAGUCGAUUCUGAUGGCAUUGCUCACGAUGGUCCAAGUGUCAAUGUUCUCGGGGAACCGGAGGCAAUCAGAAUAUUAUUUUCUGGAAGCGGAAAAAUUCAUUCGGUUAAGAGGACUUCCACGCAAAAAAUCCCGAAAAGUUCGAUUGCUCCAUCAUUGUUAUGUAUUCGAGCGUAUCAUCCACGAGAGUGUCUUUAUUUGUGGAGCGAACUCAAGACAGCGUCAUCGCGUUCAUACAGCGAUCGAAAAGAGCGGGCUAGGAAUGUACAGUCUUGACAGCCUAUCAUUUCGUCUAUCGGGCUGGGAAAACUUAGACCAAGAAAUGUUGAGAGUGCGUGGGCAAGAAGAAGGCGAAAAUGAUCUUCAUCUUGAAAGACCUGGCUUCUGGUCGAAUUCUCUGUAUCCGGAUAUAUUUGGUAUCCCUGAGCCUUGGGUUAUUCUUCUUUCCCAGAUAAUUCGACUUGGGAAAGAGAAAGACGCGACCGAAGGAACUGUUGCAUCAGAGUGCCUCAGCUUGAAGGAGUUCAUCGGCCGGGCGAAGACUCUCGAGGACUACAUCAGCAAUUUACCACGACCCAGCCUGGUGAAUAUCCAUUCUCAUCGUGAUUCUGAGAUUAUAGAGCAUAUGCUCAACGCCAUGCAAAAUGCGCUGGCGAUAUACUUCUAUCGUAGAAUCCACGACGUGAAUGCUUCUUUACUACAGCAAAAGGUCGUGGGCGUGUUGGAUAACCUACUGCGAUGCGAGGACACCGACUCAACUGUGGUACACGGCUCAGCAGGAUUUAUCUGGCCUGCGUUUAUUGCGGCUUGUGAAGCUGAAGAUCCGUUGGUUCAGGUAUCAUUCUCCGACUGGUUUGUGAAGUCGGCACGGCGAAGUGGGUUAUCUUGCUUUACUGAGACAUUGACCAAUAUUCAACGAAUUUGGCAAGAAAAGACUUGUGCAAAUGGGAGAAGUGUAACUUGGCUGGACCUGAUGAAGAGCACUAUGCCAUUACAGCAGCUAUUUUGA